AUUACUCUCAGCUCCAGCUUCAGAACGCCACCGACCUCGUGGGCGUGCAGUGGCCCAGACCAGGCCGCCCGCCUUCGCGCUCCGCGCGGCGCGCGGUGCACGCGGCGUGGCUGCACGAGGCGCCGCCGCCCCGGCAGGACGGCUCACUGGCCGGGGCUGCGACGCGCAGGGUGCGGUCAGCUUCGCACACCCCAGGGCGAAACUCUUCGGCUCCCCUCCCACGAGACAACGAGGCAGUGCCGUCACUCGCCCGCUCGCUCGGGCGAGCCAGCGUGGAGGCCUCGGGUCCACGACGGUCGCGCCAGUCACCCGCGUCUUUGGGGGAGGGUGCGCCCGGGAGCCGAGGCUCCCCCUGUGGGGCUCAGCCCGUGCGACGGGCGUGCCGAGCGGAAACCAGGACCAGCAGCAGAAUGCAGAAGGCAGCGAGGCAGCAGUGGCAGGAAGACGAGGAGGUGGCGAGAGGAUAAGGAAGAAGACCAGAGAAGGCCCGGCAGAGACGGCGCGGGGCCCGGCAGAGACGGCGCCGUCGACAGGCGCCAUCGACCGGCCGCACGGGCGGGAGGCGCUCCACCCGCGCUCCGGCCUCCCCCGAGAGCACGGACUCUCGUCGCCCGAACUCGGGAUCCAGGCGGACAUCAGCACAGCCCCCAAUGGGAGGCGCACGUCCGAAGCAAUCCGGCAGCACUGACACAUGAUAGCAUACCGGCUCCCGAGCGGUAUGGUCAGACAGCGCCCGCAAUAUACAGCUUCUACUGACGCACACAUAGUAUCAGUAUGUUCGGGUGGUGUCGAGCACUCCCCCUGCCCUGCGUGCCUUGAGCCAACUCGCGCCAUGCUUUGGCCUUUGAGUCGGACGCCACUGGAGAAGGCGGAAGGCGACCUCUCAGAGAGUUGCAGAGGCAGCCCAAGCGGCCUUACGCUGCCCCUACGGCGUGAGCGCCCCGACUGAUCACUCGACCCUCGCUCAAAUCCACAGCAGCGAGGCUUGCGCAGCACUCGGAGGCAUAAUGAGAAACGUGGACGCCACUGGCCCUGCCUACCACAAGCCUUCAUGCCAAGCUGAUGGUGAUCAGACUACCGAUAAUAUGCUUGAAUGAUCUGUGCUGUACGAAGAGUGAGGUGUGUGUCGCGGGUGCGGCGCGGCAGGGAAGAAAACCAGAACCCCUACGAAGCAUGUGGGGAAUAAUUCAUGCUUAAAAACAAAACGUAAGAACAUACGCGCAAACGAAACGCACGUUGCACGCAAUGUCGCGCUCGGGGGCGCAAAAUGGGCACUGCAACUCCGCAGCAUGCACGAGCAAAAUAGCGCUCGCGGCGCUCGCGCUUGGCGCGGAUCUCAUGCAAAUAAGUUCAUAAACGACGAAGCUGCGUAACCAAAUAAUUACCCAGAGUGCGCCAAAAAGCAGGGGCAGCACGGGCAAGAGCCGUAGGCUACGGGCUACGGCUACGGGCCGUAGCCGUCCAAAAGCCGAACAAGCAUGGAUCUGCCGACCCCUGAGGCGUGUGCGAUUCUACGGUGUACCUGUUGACGACAUCCACCACAACCACCCUUCCUUGAAAAACACUGUGUUACUCUGAAGCAGUGAACGGAGGUAAGCGAGUCAAGUGGACACUCCAGCAGGAAGCCCAAAAAAACUGGAAGGGGAAGCCACUCAGAUAAGAACCCUUGAUGGGGUCGGCGGCAGAGGCGGCACUAUUCAACAAUAUCCAGCGUUAUGACUCAGCGGUACGAGGCUGGUUGUUCAAUGCCGCAAAUUCCAAUUUUGAUUGCGUAUACGUUAUGCAGUCCGCAAGAUUGCAUGUGCUGAUCGGGUGUCCCGAAACACAUUAUCCAGCAGUUUGAUCCUGAUUUGUUGAUGUAAUGCAAUUGACUUCGUCAUUCCCAAAAGAAUUACCGCAAAACUACGAGCUCGGCAGGUGCGUCUCGACGAACACGGAAUCAUAAGACAAUCAGUACCGGUGAGUGUUCGCCGCACCGUGACGCAUGAUAAGAAAACCUGUUUUGGCCACGAGACUGGCCUCAUUCACCAUGGUGAGCUUUCCAAUGUUAGUAUUUUCCACCUUGACGCCGACCUGUGCAACUGCCCUCGUCACGCUGUUGGAGAUUGAUAUCUCGGCUAGACGCGCUGCGAACGUUGAAGCGAAUGUUGAGUGCACGCUCAGACCGUGGUACGACGCCCACGGCCCACCCACGACUGAACAUGAACGCGGCAUGCAUGCUGCUGCUAUGCUUCCCAAGCGUGCGCUCGCACUUGCCAUCCCCUUUCUGCAGUUGAUGCACCACGGGUAAGGCACGGCGUGGUGUCGAGGUUCAAAAUCAAGUCUGUGCUCGAACAGUGCUGGGCUACUGUGACCUAGCUUUCGAAAACCAUGGCGAUUAGAGUAUUCACAUGAACGUCCACGCAUUUAGUUUCGAUCCUCACGCACAUGCAUGGAUGUAGCAAGCCCCGUUGCUGCAACGACGUAUAAGCAGGUGCCACUGUCCCACGAAGUACGUGCGCAAAAUCAUCACAUGCCCAAUUUGCCCACUGUGUCGCAUCCCGAAGGCAUAUCUAAUAGUUUGCAACGUCGAUGUUCGCAGCAUUGUAUCCUGCAUCGAAACAUUGGGAAAACGAUGGGGACAUUUAUACGAGAUGCUGCAAGAGCCCUCGACCCUACUGUCUGGUGAAUCGAGCUCCUGGUUCGCACCGUACCACGCAACGAUUUCUUCUGGCUCCUCAUGUUCGAUUCCAGCCGGGUCCUGACCCUGACGCAGUGCUGGCACGAGGGCUCCAACAAUCAGAAAUGUGAAACCAUGAAUACUGUAGCGCAUCAUCGCCCAAUAGCUCAGGACAAAGGCUCGAAGUACAGGAAGAUACUAGUUUGCAUCAGCGUGCGCCUUUGAGCCAGAGUGGCCCUUGAGCCAGAAUGGCU